AUGACAUGGCCACCUUGGAGAAACAGUCGCCCUGCGUUCACGAUCACCCUGGCCUCACAUGAAGGUGACAAACCCAUGAUGAAAUCCAUGGCGGUGUGGGACUAUGGGUGUCAGGAGAUCGGUAGGGGCCGCAGGAACUCAGAGUCUGUCGUGCUCCUGGAUGGCCGGAGAGGGGUGAAGAGCGAGCCGACUGGAUUGUGUCACAGCGCACGGCCACUGGCACACUUGUACAGGGAGUUCGUGCAGUCCUGUACUUCAGUAUCAAUGAAAGCCAAUUGGAGAUUGGGGCAACUCUGUGUCAGUCAAGAUAAUGUGUGGUGCAACCGGCCUCUGAGCUACACCCGACCCCAUCACUUGGCACCUUGGGGCAAGUGCAGUCUCGCCUUCACCAAGUCCAAAGAGACCCGGCCCUACCUCAAGCUUCCACAGUUCAAGGAUCGUGCCAGUGAAAGGAUGGGAGACUCCCAGAAGCCGAUGACACUAAAUGAAAAGCCGCCAGUUGACUCAGAAAGCUUGGCGAUGGGAAUAAUGAAAGAGGUGGCCUUGAAGUGGUUCACCGAGACCCAGGCUGAACUCAUCCUGCAGAACGGCCGGUUACCCGAAUGGUUCCAUGGCUUCGUUAUGCGGAAAGAAGCCGAGAAUCUCCUGUGGGAUAAAGGUGUUGGCCAGUUCCUCAUCCGCCUUAGUGACAGAGCCACCGGCUACAUAUUGUCCUACAAGGGAACCAAUCGUUGCCGUCACUUCGUUAUCCACCGGCUGAAGAAUGGAAGGUACAUGAUCGACGGCAGUAACCACACCCACAAGGGCCUUGCAGCACUAAUUGAUUACUACAUGACAGAGGCCAUUCAACCGUUCGGAGAGGUCCUCACUGAAGCCUGCAGUCAGUAUGACAGGGGUGAUGUGUACGACCACAUUAGUUUCGACCCACCCAACAGUUCAUGCUCAGACGAAGUGGAGGUGAAAGAAGUAACGAUUAGAAGACCACUCCACAGUCGCCCUCAGCCCCGGCAGCAGGACCCCACCAGUGACUGGCAGUGCGGGAGGCCUCCCGCCAUCCCCCCGAAAGGCUGCAAGGUGCCCACUGGCAAGAGGUUGGGCUCGGCGGACAACUACUCCUCUAACCACGAGGAUUCUGAUGUCACGCCUUUCUUGGCAACCAAGAUGAACUUGGCGUUUGAGGAAGAGAGCCAACUGGAAGCCAAGUAUGGGCAAGUUCAUAAACUCCGAUCCAAGAAACCGCCAGCCAUGGAGUCGGCCGUAGAGCCCGUGGUCUGGAGAACUCACACCAGCUCGGUGUUCAGCGAGAAGGUGGAUGACAGGAAGUCCUGCCACCGCAAGUGGGAACCAAACAGUGCGGUAUAUUCCCUGGCCAUGGAAUCCCAGCCGAUAUAUAAUGAGCCCUUUGAGCUGACGACAAGUAGCUCUGUCACAGACGUUGUGUACACGGAGGUGGACGUGAAUCACUUGCGGUCUGGCACUUCACCCUCUGCCAGUGACGGCUACUUCUCCACAAUCCCAAUGCCAGCUGAACCCAACUGCCAGGCUUCGGAGGCCAAGUACCCGGGCUUGAGCUCUGGCCCGUUGACUCCCCCUCGACUGUCACCCAAUUUAAACAACAGGGUGAAAUCGAUAUCACCCACACACUCUGCACCGAAGCCAGGGGCGAGUCCAACCUUCCCGCACAAUCAUCGGCCACUUCCUCAGCCUUGCGACAGCAGCGAACGACUGCCUUGCAAAUCCUUUCUGAGAGGGAAAGAAACCUCAAGUUCAGUGGAGAAUAUGUACGAACAGGUUCCUGUUGCAUUCUCAAAGCGCAGUCAAACAAAGCCAGACAAGGAUGAAAUGCGUAAGAAGUGGUUCUCCGACUGGAAGUGCAAGUAACAGAAGGAGAGCCUUGUCCCUCUCCAGUAUCCAAGCUGCAAACCCGGAGCCGGUGGAAGAGCUGCCGAGGGGCACCACGUGACAUUGAUUCUGUAACCCACUGGACUACUGGCACUGCCAAAUAUCUACUACACUGUUGAAAAUGGUCCAACAUUUUCCUGCACUGACACUAACCCUGGAUUUGUCCACUGCUUAGAAAUCAAAUUCUGACCCCAAUCCUUCAAAUAGUUGUCGAGUUUGCUAUAAGCUGUCGUUAGCAUGAACGUGCUUUACUCACUGAUUGGAGAGUUAAUGCUUUGCCUUUGUAUUCUACUUGCCCUUCUGCAACAGGGCAUUAAGCUGACACUGGCACUGUAAAUGGGAUGACUGAACUUUGUGUGCAAGAGAUUUAACAAUAAAUCGGUGCCCAUUUUACACCCCCCCCCCCAACGUCAGAAAGCUGAACAUAAUGGAGAGUUGUGAAACAGACUAAUUACUCUCACCCCUUCUAGCCCAUGCUUCUGUGUUGGAAUCACCCCCUUUUACUUCUCUCCAGAGCCUCUGUAAGCAAGGAGCAAGUGACCUGCUUUCAGGUUCCUACAAAGUUCACUACAGAGCCAGAUACAGUGAGGCUGUGGGCACUUGGUCACUGUUAAACUCACCCAGGUGAGUGGUUAAGGGAGUCAAAGCUGCAGUUACUAUCAUACAUACAACUACAUGAAUAACUUACAUGCAGCCUAAUCAUUGGCACAGAGCAGUGUGUAAGCGGGUCGCACUGGCUGGAGAUCAGAUACUCCCUCUGUAUGGGGUAGGUUGAACUUCAGUCUCGUCUACAAGCUCAUCCUGCGUGGAUUAGACAGGGAAGUGAGUCACCCUGCACCGCAGACCAGUUUUACCUUUUGCUGAACUUGAAAACUGCUCAGAGACGUGAAAGAGCAGGGUGGGCUGGAUUUCCAGUGCCCCUGCCCUCUGAUACUGUUUGGCACUCAACGGAGAAACAUGACCUUUAACAGAACUGUUUUCAUCUUCUAUCUUGGGAUCAGAUAGUAAAACAGCACACUGACUCAUGAGGCCAGCCGCACAAGAUGCAUCAGUGGAAACAAUGAUUUUGCUGAUAACUACACUGGCUGCUUGUUCGAAGUGAAAAAUGUUCUGUUUCAACAUCCUUAAUCUCUUUUCAAAUGUUGCAUUUUAUAAUUCCUCCAGUUAUGUUCUUGGUAUUUGAUUUAUUUCUUUGUGUGAGGGGUGAGAGUGUUUGAGAGGUAACCUCCUCGUCUCACUCUUGUGCAGUUGGCUCCUGGUGACGGGGCGCUGACAAGAUGCACGCGGGCAUGUUGCUGGUUAGGUCUGCUUCUGCAGCCCUUGCUCAGACUCUGCUCCCAUGAAGGAGUGCGACCAUCUCCAGGUCUGGAGAGUGUGUCACGUGGAAGGCCGUGGUGAAAUUGCCUCUCCUUCUCUUUGCCGUGGCAAUGGUGAAGGAAGGUACUCAGUAAAAUGUUGAAAUUGCCAUUUUACUUACAUUAAUUACUUGUCAUUGCUUCCUCCAUCAUACCACCAUGUCAAUGUGGUCACAGAAUAGGCCACUCAGCCCUUCCAACUAACUUUGACAUUCUAGAUUGUAGCUAUUCUGUGCUGAUGCCAUCAGCUCACUCCAGUUCCUUAACCCAGUCCCUCGACCAAGACAUUUUUAACAGUUCCUGAGAGGCAAAGACUGUUCCAGUUUCUGCUGCUUGAAGCAAGGUGCUACAAACCAGCCCAUACAACCCACAGCUCCACUAUCAUCCUGGUUAUCUACCACAAAUACAAUAAUGUUAUCUUAGUCUCUACUCAUGCACACUACCAGCAGACUUUGUCAACACUGGGGCUGAGACCCUCUAAGACAAAAUGUAUUGACAAAAUGCAAGCUUAAGGAUAAGAAAUAAUAUUUGUACGAGCAGGUGUGAAACUGCAUUUUUUUAAAUGUUUAAUCAUUCUGUACUUCGCUUUGUGUUCUUUCUCAUGUUUCAGUUAUUAUUGACUCAGACCAUGUACAGUU